AACCUGGCGCUAUAUCACUCCGGGAUCACUCAAAGCUCCGCCUCCUCGCCGCUGAUUGGCCACCGGAACUGUAGCUCAGGAGAGGCACACAGGCAGGCCAAUCACCGCGAGGAGGUGGAGCUUGGAGAGGAGGAGCCGAGCGGCAGCGCGCGGAGAUCGAAGAAGAUCGAGGGAGCUGCAGGAGCGAGUGAAGAGAGAGGCCAGAGAAGGAAGACUCUGACAGGUAAGUGCAAAUUUUGCAUGCUGCAGCCAGAUGGGAGAGGAAGAGAACGAGCCCAGGCUGGAGCAGGAGUCAGCAAGGUAAGUAUCAUUGGUGUCAGUGGA